ACAACCUUUGCAUAUAUAUACACAACAACUCUCAUGCCCACAACACUAAACAAUUGCCAAAUGCCAUCAACAACAGAUCAGCAAACGCAAGCCCUGUGGCGUGUGCGUCUAGCCUCCGCAUUUCGGACCAUUCUAGCGUGCACCAUAGUCGCCUGCACCACCCUGUACGGCCCACCGCCCGUCAGGCAAUUACUAGAAUAUCCAGCUUUUUCUUACGUGACCACCAUCCUGAUCGUCUCCGACGCGACGCUAGGAGACGCCCUGAGAGGCUGCUGGCAUGCCCUUCUCGCUACUCUUCAGGUUAUGGCGCUCUCCGUACUCAGCCUCUGGGUGAUCGGACCUGGCUGGUUUACCGUUUGGGCAGCGGCGGCCGCGGUGGCAGUCAAUGCGUUCGUGGUGGCUGUGCCGGAGUCGACGCACUUGAUGUGUAAGCGGAUUGCAUUUGGGCAGAUUGUGAUUGUGUAUGUGGGUGCUGUGGUUCAUGGUGCAAAAACUGGAGCUCUCAUGCACCCGGUUCAUGUCGCGGCUAGUACAGGGCUCGGAGCCUUGGCUUCUGUCCUGGCCAUGUUGUUUCCCUACCCCCACCUAGCCUACUACGAGGUAAGGAAAACAUGGCGGUUAUAUGGUGAAAAUGCUUGUGAGAGGUUAAGAACCUUCAUGGACGCUUUCUCUGCUCAAGACAACACAACUGCCCUUGAUCUGAUUUCUCAAGCAAGCUCCCUUAGUAAAGCAGGAGCCAAACUUCUUCAAAGUAUAAAAGACAAUCAAGAAGGCAUGCUAUGGGAAAGACCCCAGAUGAAAUUCUUAAACCGCAGUUGCAUUGACCAAGGAGAAAAGUUACGACACAUUGAAAUACCAAUAAGAGGGAUGGAAAUGGCCUUAACUUCUUGCAUUUCUUGCACUGUUAGCAUGAUGGAUGAAGAACUCAGAGAAGUUUUAGGCAAUUUGGAAGUACAUAUAGGCCAAAAAUUCAAGCAGCCUGAGUUCUCUAUGCCUUUUGAUGCAAAAAUUUUAGACAAGUCCCUCUGGAAGUUCCAUAACAUUUCCAUUACCCAAAAAGAGCUGCCAGUUUUCUUCUUCUUCUUCUGUUUGAAACUCCUCAUAGAUGACUCUCCCAUUGCUCGAAUACUUGAGUGUGACACUGAAGAAUCCGGUGCUUUAGAAAAACAAGACGUGUGUAGUAGCUUCAAUAGGGCUUGGAGCAGUCUUGACAUAAAACCAAGCAACCAGAGUUUGGUUUUUGCUUUCAAGUGUUCACUUUCUCUAGGUUUUGCUGUGUUGUUUGGUUUGAUAUAUACCAAAGAAAAUGGAUAUUGGUCAGGACUCACGAUUGCCAUCAGUUUUGUAACAGGAAGACAACCCAUAUUUACAGUUGCAAAUGCUCGAGCACAAGGCACAGCAAUGGGAUCAGUCUAUGGAAUCCUAUGCUGCUUUAUUUUCCAAAGAUUUGAGGAUUUAAGGUUCAUGCUACUACUACCUUGGACUGUUUUCACUAGCUUUCUAAUGCAUAGCCGAAUGUAUGGAAAAGCUGGUGGAAUUUCAGCAGUUACAGGGGCUUUAUUAAUAUUAGGUAGGAAAAAUUAUGGUCGUCCAAGUGAGUUUGCAAUUGCUAGAAUCACAGAAGCCUGCAUUGGAUUAAUUUGUUUCCUCAUUGUAGAGAUUCUCUUGAAUCCUGCAAGAGCAGCAACUCUGGCCAAAACUGAACUUUCAAGGAGCUUGGGGGCAUUUGAAGAUUGGAUCAACAUGGUUCCUUGUUCCAGCCAGAAGAACGGGCAAGCUCCAACCUUUCUGGCACUGAGAGAAAAGCAGAACAAGCUGAAAAGUCAUGUCAAUGAAUUAGAAAAGUUCAUUGCAGAGGCAGAGUUGGAGCCUAAUUUCUGGUUCUUGCCUUUCCAUGGCUCUUGUUAUGGUAAGCUCCUCAGAUCUUUGUUAAAGAUGGUGGACCUUCUACCCUUUUUGGCCUAUCAAAUAGAAUUCAUCUCACAAGUAACAGAAAUAUCAAGAGUUGAUAUUAAGGAGCUCCAAGAACACAUGAAUAAUAAUCUAGAGUUAUUCAAGAAAAAAGUUAGCUCUUCAUUGAAAUGCCUCGAAAAGGUAACCUCAAUCAAGACCCUUACAGCACUGGAAAAAGAGUUACAAAAGAAAAUUGUUUCUCAUGACAUUGAGUUAGGAAAAUUUCCAAAUGCAAAUGCAUUUGGACUGUUGGGCACAAAUGAAGAAGAGGUUGAAAGCAUUGUAAACCCUUUUCUUCAAAACUUGAAUGAAGAAGCUGGCAAGAUUUGUGCUAACAAAGGUGAGGACAAGCUUAAGAGCCAAAUAGUUCUUUGUUUGAGUGGCCUAGGCUUCUGCAUCAGCAAUUUGAUAAGAGAAACAAUGGAGAUCGAGAAAGAAGUAAAAGAACUAGUCAAAUGGGAGAAUCCCUCAAGCCUUGUAAAUUGGAACGAAAUUUCUUGUAAAAUUAGUGCUUUGUGUACAUAAUA